AUGGCAAAGUUUCUGGUAUCCAUGCUGCUGUUGACCGUCGUCGUCAUGGUGGUUAGCGCACAAGGCUUGGGUGGACAGCAUGGCGGUGGCGGACAGCAUGGCGGUGGCGGACAUCAUGGUGGACAGUUUGGUGGCGGUCAGCAUGGCGGUGGUGGCCACCAGGGAGGUUUCCAAGGCGGCCAUGACGGUGGUCACGGUGGACACGGGGGACACGGUGGAAAGAACGUGCACGGCGGUGGUCACGGACAAGGAUUCGGAGGCGGCCACGGUCAAGGAGGCCAUGGACAGGGUCACGGUUACAAGGCGCAUGGCUAUUGA